GCACCUUUGCCAGAUUAUUACAUAUGAGGAGGAAGAGACCUUGUAUGAGGUAAGUGUCACGUGAUUCAUACCUGAUGUACGUCAAGCAACGUUGUCUUCCUGAUUUAGCAAAGGAUCCACUGCCCGCGUUCUUGGGCUCCACCCUUUGGGGGUCUGUUGUGUCCCCCGACCCAAGUCCUGUGCUUCUUUCGUUUCUUCCUUUCUCUUUCCCUUAAAUGUAGCAAGUGCUUCAUCUUUCGGUGUAUCCCAACAUGCGCGACGGCGAUUUCGACUCACAUGAACAUGUGAUAGACGAUGAUUUCAACUUGGAAUCCCCAUCACAGAGAAGCUUUGGGAGCCCCGGGCCGCAGCCCGCGGUCCACACACAGCCGCAGACCAACCAAUCGAAUCUACCCUUACUACGACUGAGUGACUGGGAUCCCGAUCAUCCUUACGACGAACGGCCUCCUACCUGCGUUCAUUACAGCAUCGAGUGGAAGUUGUUGCUGAACAAAGGGACAGUCACGAGCAAAAUUGCAAGAGAUACGGAGAAAGACGUCGUCCUCGCCCCUCAACCUUUUUGGGAACGCACCCUGAGAGCAAAGGUGGAAGAUCUCCUGAAAAGGAAGACACCCCGAAACAAAGUCUACGCCCCCGAAGAAACGAACGUUACCGUAUCUGUCACCAAACCCUCCGAACGAGACUAUUCGCGACGCUUCGAGCUUUUCGAUGUUGGUUGGGACAGCAUUACGAAACAACUGGAGGAUUGGAGUCAUCUACAUCGUUCCGGUAAAAAGCUGAGGAUCGACGUCUCGUUUGUAUGUGUCGAAGAGACCCAGCCCAGCAUGAUCACACGCAGUAUUGCCCGCCGAGGAGCGACUGGUGCUCAGCUUACCGAACGAGAGGGCAUUAUGGAGCUGCAGCAGAACACUGGGCAGCCAAGCGUCUGGAGCGCGGUGUAUAGCCUGAUGCGGUGCCCUGGACAUCCGUGCAAAAACCAAGCAUCUUACUGCUUUCGCGAUCCUGACACGAAAAAGCACUGGCCUCUCGAUAGCAGCGACCUAACCAAGCUCGUGCGCUACGCCGAGGAAGGGAGCGACCUCAAAACACAUAAAGACGUGCCAGAAGCUAUUCGCGAACUGAUAUAUGCAAAGGAGCAGCAAAAAUUGGAGCGUAAACACAAACGCAAAGCGACGGCUGACCCCGAAGACAGCCAUCCAAUAAAAAUCAUCAAUGUUCUCCCAUCCUGUGAUCGCCGGCAUGAGGCUACUGCAGGCGCCGAUGGCGCCGAUGGUGAGCCGGGAUCGGUGGCGUCAGCGGGCCGUGCCGCCGACUUUUUCAUUCCGGAGCCGAGAGACAAGGCUAUACAAACCUACUGUCAGUGGCAUUGCAAUCGUAUUAUUGGGGCAGAGUGGAAGAAAGGGUUCCAAAAGGCGUUUGCAGUUGCAAUGAAAGAGUGCCUCGAUUUGAAGCACAUAUAUGAGGAUCAAGACGUAGAUUUCUUUGUGCAGAACGGCGUUUCGCGAGGCAUUGCUAGGUCAUUUGUAGGAGACAUCAAAGCGUGGGCAAGCGAGGUUGACAUUUCAUAAUCUU